AAACCGCACGGCGUUCGUGCGCUGUGCCGGGCGUGUGUCACCCGCUAAGCCGCUCAGUCCGAUUCGCCGCAGUCCGUUACGAUAUCACGUCUGGACAAUAGCUCCUCGUCGGUCGCGAAUACGGUCCACGCCACUUGAAAAAAAAAGCACUUCUUCGUCGUCAUCGUCUUUUUGCCGGCGCGCGCACUACGACCGCCCACACACACGCACACACCUACGCGGGUGCAUACACAAGUCGUGUGUGCGAGACUCGAUACUUAUAUAAAGUAAAGUUAAGUAACAAUAUCCAAGAUCAAACGAACCCCUAGUAAAAUGUUGAUGCUUCUGAUUACCGUCAUAUCCAGCCUGUGCAUGAUGGAUUUGGGAACGGCGAUAUCAGUGCCAACAGGCAAGACGACGCCCAUUGAACCCGCUGUGCCCGAGCCAAAAAUAAUUCCGGUGCCUGGUUCCUAUCUUGCUCCACCGGCUCCCGUACAAGAGUAUUCGGAAGAAAGACCUGAACCACCGCCCUUGGAUCCGUCUUAUGUGCCAAUCCCAUACAGCUUUAUCGAGUAUCUGGCACCUCAAAGUCUUCUACUGGUACCAAUGAAAAUUAAGUUCCAAAAACCUUAUUCCAAGUAUGAAAAAUACCCUCUCACAGCGAUUAAGUACCAGAAGCUUAUCAAAAAUGAAAAUAUGAGACGGAAAUAUUAUUCGAAUAUUCCACAACAAAAUUACAUUCCAUCAAACUGAUGAGUGUUAUAAUUCUCUCGUCGUCAAAAAUGUUUGCCAUGUCAUAUACAUAUAUUAGGUAUAUGUAAUUAAAAUAAAAUGUUAUACAUUUUUUACCUCUUUAAAAUAAUUGUUUUUAUCUCUACUAUAACCAAUAUUGUUUUGUAAUAUAAUUUAUAUGUAAUAUUUUAAUAUAAUAAUAUAAUAAUGUGUAAUAAACUUCAUUUUUUGUAUUAUAA